GAGUCGAUUACAAUUACAGUUCUAAUUGACUCGAAACUAACUCUUUAUUUCAGCUUUAAUCGAUUCCUACAAUUAAAUGGGUUUCAUAAACGUUUAAUGUAGAUAAUUUUUUCGAUAAGUAAAUGCGUGACUUACAUUGCUACACUGUUCUUGCAGCUGUGUAAUUUGGUAUUGAAUCUUUAAUCUAUAUAUUGUAGAUUACAUUAUCUUAGGAGACAUACCUAAAGACAACCUAGUACGGAACGAUCGCUCCGAUAUUUGCUAGUUCAGCAUCAUCUUAUCUUGUCAUUAUGAUAUGAUUUUUUUAAGUAGUCAGAUCGUAUGAACUUUCUACUGAUAAAAAUAUUACCAUGAAUCGUGUGCAGUACAUCGGAUGUCGACUCUCGUGAGCAUUACUUCUAUUGUCUCCUGACAAUUCAGAUCGUCUGUGAUGUGAAAAUUAGUGGUGAUAGACCUGGUUUCUUGAUUAAUUGACUUUCAUGAAAUCAUAAGGUUCAACUUCAUUGUCAAUUGAUUUGGUUAAUGUUAUUUUAUCAAUCUGCCCAAAGUUAAUAUAUGUUAGUAGCAGUUGUGGUACUUUGAUCAGUGAUAUUUAUUAUUAGUCAAAAACGUGCAAGUGCCAUUUUUUUAUUCAUUAUUGAAUUGUUCUGUUUAAAAGUUUGUAAUAGUUUAUUCGGUAAGAAGUUAUUUGAUGAAGUACAAGUCUAUCGUCUCAAAAUGGGUGAUCAAUCAGAAUCUUAUGACUCUAGAAUUACUAAUGCUAUGAACACUAACAUCGAUGUUCACGAACACAAAUUAGAACCAUCUAGUCCAGUCGAUAGACAUACAUUUUCUCGUUGUAGCAGUACUGGAUCUGUUAAUACUCUGUCUUCUGCACACAAUACAGAAGAUGAAGAAGACAGCGAUAAUAAAAAUUCAACAGUUAGUUAUAAAGAGAGACGUAGAGAAGCUCAUACUCAAGCUGAACAAAAGAGAAGAGAUGCUAUCAAAAGAGGAUAUGAUACUCUCCAAGACUUAGUUCCAGCGUGCCAUCAAUCUGAUGCUUCAGGUUACAAAUUAUCAAAGGCAACUAUUUUACAAAAAUCUAUAGAUUAUAUUAACUACUUAAUGGCACAAAAGAAGAAAGAAGAAGAAGAGCAAAAUGAACUCCGCAAAGAAGUUCUAGCUCUAAGUAUCAUGAAAGCUAACUAUGAAAAGAUUGCUAAUGAUACUAACAACCAGCCAGGGCCGUCAGAUAACUGUGUUUCUGAUGAAAUAAAAUUCCAAGUGUUCCAAGCCAUAAUGGAUCACUUGUUUAGAAGCUUUGAAAAAGUACCAACAUUUGAGUUUGAGGAACUGACCAAUUGGAUAUUCCGAUGGCUAGAGGAACAUUGCAAACCAUCGACUCUUCAACAAGUGGUAGUUUCAGUAUUACAACCAAUACAUCCAACCUACGACCACUCCAGCUAGUAUAAAUGUGUUAACUUUGAAGAUCUGAUGAAAAUUUAUACAAGUUUGAGAAUAAUUUCGUUUUAGAUAUAGGAGCAGUUUAUACUAGUACAAAGUGUAAAAAAUAAGUGUUAUUGUUUUUUAAUCAACUAAUAAAUCUUUAUCUAUUUUACUCAUAUGACCAAACAUGCAGUGAGUGAAAACAAAGAUCAAAUUAACUCCAUUGUAACAGCUAAGGGCUUUGAAACCUAUUAAAUUAUUUGAUUAUUUGCAGUAUAGAGUGUGUCACAGUCUAAAAAUAUAUUGUGGAGCUUUUCAAAGAAACUUUUCUAUGAUAUAGUGUUUUAAGAUAUUAACUUAAUUUGAAGAUAUUUAUUUUCCAAACAACAGAUGCGUAAUAUUGUAUCUAUUUGAAAAUGUAGAUAGAUGUAAAACAUUGAGAUUUUAUGAAAUUUGUAAAGUACUUUAAAAAAUGUUGAUGAAAAUUAUUAAUCAUUGUUAUAUGAUCAUCUAUAUUUUUCUAUGUCUACGUGAAUAGUUACCCUUAAUAAUUCAUGUUUUUUUUUUUUUUU